GGGCGUCCGACGUCGAGCGGAAGUGACGUAGGACGGCCUCCGGAGGUAUAUUUGGUGGGUUGCGCGGCUGGGCCUCAGAGUAGACUGGUGUCUGCGGCCAGGAAGAGAGCGCGAUGUCUAUCGAAAUCGAGUCCUCGGAUGUGAUCCGUCUUAUCAUGCAGUACCUGAAGGAGAACAGUUUACACCGGGCACUAGCCACCUUACAGGAAGAGACUACGGUGUCUCUGAAUACCGUGGACAGCAUUGAGAGUUUCGUGGCUGACAUUAAUAGUGGCCACUGGGACACAGUUUUACAGGCUAUACAGUCUCUGAAAUUGCCAGACAAAACCCUCAUUGACCUCUAUGAACAGGUUGUUCUGGAAUUGAUAGAACUCCGUGAAUUGGGGGCUGCCAGGUCCCUUCUGAGACAAACGGACCCUAUGAUCAUGUUAAAACAAACGCAGCCAGAGCGGUAUAUUCAUCUGGAGAACCUCUUGGCCAGGUCUUAUUUUGAUCCUCGUGAGGCAUACCCAGAUGGAAGUAGCAAAGAGAAGAGAAGAGCAGCAAUUGCUCAGGCCUUAGCUGGGGAAGUCAGUGUGGUGCCUCCAUCUCGUCUCAUGGCAUUGCUGGGGCAGGCGCUGAAGUGGCAGCAGCACCAGGGGUUGCUUCCUCCUGGCAUGACCAUAGAUUUGUUCCGAGGCAAAGCAGCUGUCAAAGAUGUGGAAGAAGAAAAGUUUCCUACACAGCUGAGCAGGCAUAUUAAGUUUGGUCAGAAGUCACAUGUGGAGUGUGCUCGAUUUUCUCCAGAUGGUCAGUAUUUGGUCACUGGGUCUGUUGAUGGAUUCAUCGAAGUAUGGAACUUCACAACUGGAAAAAUCAGGAAGGAUCUUAAGUACCAGGCCCAGGAUAACUUUAUGAUGAUGGAUGAUGCUGUUCUCUGCAUGUGUUUCAGCAGAGAUACGGAAAUGUUAGCAACUGGGGCUCAAGAUGGAAAAAUCAAGGUUUGGAAAAUUCAGAGUGGACAGUGUUUAAGGAGAUUUGAAAGGGCACACAGUAAAGGUGUCACCUGUCUAAGCUUUUCUAAGGAUAGCAGUCAGAUCCUCAGCGCCUCUUUUGACCAGACAAUUAGAAUUCAUGGUUUAAAAUCUGGGAAGACCCUGAAGGAAUUUCGUGGCCAUUCUUCCUUUGUUAACGAAGCAACAUUUACACAAGAUGGACAUUAUAUUAUUAGUGCAUCCUCUGAUGGCACUGUAAAGAUAUGGAAUAUGAAGACCACAGAAUGUUCAAAUACCUUUAAAUCCCUGGGCAGCACUGCAGGGACAGACAUCACUGUCAACAGUGUGAUCCUGCUUCCUAAAAACCCAGAGCACUUUGUGGUGUGCAACAGAUCAAACACAGUGGUCAUCAUGAACAUGCAAGGGCAGAUUGUCAGAAGCUUCAGCUCUGGUAAGAGAGAAGGUGGUGACUUUGUUUGCUGCGCUCUCUCUCCCCGUGGUGAAUGGAUUUACUGUGUGGGAGAGGACUUUGUGCUCUACUGUUUUAGCACAGUCACUGGCAAACUGGAGAGAACUCUGACAGUUCAUGAAAAGGAUGUGAUUGGUAUUGCACAUCACCCCCAUCAGAACCUGAUUGCUACCUACAGUGAAGAUGGACUCCUAAAACUCUGGAAACCCUAAUUAGACUUUUUUCUUUAAACUAGCCUGAGAGCAUGUACUUCAAUGAAGACAUAUUCAUGUGUUGCUUUUUUUUUUUUGCCAGUUUCUCUGACUAACUUGUCUGAAUUAGGCACAAGAAUAAUUUUGUGAAGGUUCAUGUUUAAGUUAGCAGUUACCCUUUUUAUACAUUUUUAAGGUAUUCAUUUAUCUUUCUAAUUGGGGCAGUCACUUAAUGUUUUCAAUUAUCUUUUACCUGGAGAGUGAAAUAAUUGAUAGUUCUAAAAAAAAUUAUAAUCCUUUGAUUAUUGCAAUCCUGAUUAAAAUGUGC